AUGGCGGAUGAAAGUGACAAAGAAAAGGCAGAAGGAAAAUCAUCUGAAAAACCUUUCGUUCCUCGAAGUGCGACGGAAAUACAGAAGAUGAAGCUUGAAAAGCUUAUGAGGGACCCUGUAAGCUAUAACACUAUCAUCCAAAUCAUGACCUGGAGAAAAGUUUUUAUGACUAAAGAAUUUUCUAGCUGAGGUGGACAAUUUCACUUGUUUUUAUGUUGUCAAUUGACAGGACAAACCAGUGUCAAUUCCUGAACUUCCGAAGCAGUGGAAACCAUCAGAAGCCCCCGAAUUCGUUCGAUUUGUGAUGGGUGAGUUUUUGCCGUUAUCAUCAGUAUCGUCGAAGUUAUGCAUUAUACUUAAAGCUUGCAUGUAUUGAAUUAAAUAGGUUUGUACAUGAUGAGUUGACUGUGUCUACAUCUCUCUCCACUUCAUCUGUGCCACUCUCUCUUCUUCGUGAAAAGAGGAACUGUUGACCUGUAGGAAAUACUAUGGAGAUAUUUUAGAAAAAGUUUGUGAAACAAACAGUAGUCUGUGAAGGUUACCUUCUUCUAUGACUUAAUUAUGGUUGCAAGAGGUGAAUCUUGCUGAGGCAUUGUUGGUUUACAAAGCGGCAGGGGUAUUUUGCAGAAGGCUGAAUGCCGAAUGACUCUGAGUUUAGUGAUUGGGGUUAGGAAACUGAGUGAAUCAGGUUCCACUAAGGGUCAUUAUACUGGGAAAAUGACCUGAAUUCCACUGAAUUCCCAGUGAAAUGAUGUCCGAGCAAUGACUGUGGAAAUUCCAUACUGAUGAUGUGUCACUACCCAGAUCUGGGUAGCGCUUCUGAUUGGUCCUGUCGCAAGAGAAAUCUGCUUCAACCAAUUAGGAAAACUACCCAGAUCUAGGUAGAUCUGUGAGCAUCAUCACUAUCGACUUUCUGCAGUCGAUACCCAGACAUUAUUUCACAGGGAAACCAGUAGUGAUUGUCUGAAAUGUCACAUGUCUCCACCUUAAUUUUGCCAGGAUCCAGUGCUGGUGCAGGGAGUGGAGAAUUCCAUGUUUACCGUUCUACAAGAAGAAGAGAAUACAACAGAGUGGCCUACAUUGAAAAAAUAGCAGAACAAGUAUGAUCAUGGAAUCUAUCACCCAUUUAAAAUAGAAUGCUAUUUUCUUCGUACCGUAAUUCUUUUUCCGACUUGCCCAUUGUUUCAUUGUACAGGGCCUUAGUAUAGCUUACCUUUAAUACAUUUUUGUUUACAAUAUUAAUAACCAUUAAGUGACCACCCCAGGUGUACCAGCAAAAUUCAUGAUCUUAAGCAGAAACAUCACUUUAUUUUGAAACAUACGCAUGUCAGGAGGGGCAUAUACUGGGCCAUAUUCUUCACCUUCUUGGCUGUUUAACAGAGAUGACAACAGAAGAAGAACUCUUUUAGACAACAUCUUAGUUACUUUUGGGCAAAUACGUCAUUUUCACGAUCCCAACUUAGUCACUUAUUUUUAUGAAUUGACCCAUUUUUUGAUUGAAUGAAGAACAUGUCACUCUUCAUCUGCAGUACAAACAUUCUGGUACGUUUGCUCACUGUAAAUAUGAAGAACUGUCUUACCCCCAAAAAUCUGAAAAUGUAUGACCCCAUUCUAGUAACCCCAUUGAAAAUGUGACCCCAUUAUAGUCAAUCCAGUCAUGAAAAUGUGUCCCCAUCCAGUGGCACAUCCCCAUUAGCCUCUUAUAAGGAAGUACCCCCUUCCCCCGGGGACAGAGAUGGCCACUUAAUAGAGGUUUAAUUUACAAUUAUUCUUUUCUACAUUAUUAUUUUGGGACUUUGAUAACUGGCUGAUUAAUGUAGGGUGGCCACUUAAUAGGUGGCUGCUUCACAGAGUUUUGACUGUUAUAAUAAUCAUUGUUCUUUAUCCUCAGUCACUCUUUACAUGACAAAAACACAGUCAUCUUAUUUCUUGUUCACUUAGCAUGAACUUGAUGAAAGCUAUCAUAAGAAGCUUGAACAAAAUAAAACUCAAGCAGAAGAAAAAACAGCAAAGAAAAGAGCUAAAAGGUAUUCUAUCAUCCAAGUGAUUUUAGUUUAGGAGAGGGGCCUGGUAGCCUGAGAAAUUCCAUACUGUUGAUGCAGCAUGACCAAUCAGAAGCACUACCCAGACCUGGAUUGUGACACGUCAUCAGUAUGGAAUUUCUACGCUUGUUUCUCAGACGUCAUUUUGUGGGAAAACUGUUGGUGGCAUCAUGAAAUGUUGACUGUUUUCUCAGGCUAUCGGCCUGGAUGAUUUCAUAUUUAUUAACUUCAGUGCUCUUAAACAAAAUAAUUAUUACAGCAGUUGUAAAAAGCUUAACCCAUUCACCCCUGAACCGCCCAUAACCACCUGUGCGGAUCCAGGUCCUUUCUACCGUUUGUGACGUCAUCAGAUUUAACGGUCAAGGACAACUUUCUUCGCUAACUUGUGCAGAGUGAAGAGAUCUUUCAAACCAUACCAGAAUGAGCACAAUUCAGUCAAGGACACCGGAGAAAGAAGCAAAAAACCACGUGACAUUGACCUGAAAAUCUCCAUGAAAAUCUUGUUCCAUUGCUCACCUACCUUCCUUUCACCUAAUCCUAAGAUCCUAAAAGCUUUCCUAAAAACUCUUCCCACCAAAAUGAAGCCUACUAAAUGCCCGAACUUCAAAAGCUGAUAUUUUGCAUCUGGAUCAGAAGGCCAUGAAGUGUACGACCUGUAAACCGGUUUGUGGCAAGUUUUAGCUCUUUGUAAACCACUCGACUAGCUUCAAAAUGCGUUUUUCGACAAAAUCUCCAGGAGCGAAUGGGUUAAUGAAGCUCCCAUCCCCCACAAAGUUUUCUUGACACUGCCCCUGUCUUCCACCUUAACCAGACCCCAUAUGGAGUUGACAACAAUGCUUUUCUUCCCACGCAUGAUAAAUAUUUCCUGUAAAACAAACUGGUAUUUAAUGGGGCUUGGUUUACGCCCCUUUUUAAAGGUCAGUCUCUUUCGAGGUCUAUCACCAGUAAUCACAUCAAUAAAGCUAUCUUAAGGGGGUAUGCAAGUCCAUUGUUUGAAUUUCAAGUAUCGAAAAGGAGGCAUUGUUCCUGUUGGUAUGAAAUAUAUUUACUAUUGAAUUUUGCUUUUUUUUUUACUGCUGUCAAACCAUCUUUGUGUUAUUUGUCACCACUUCAUCUGUCUUAUGUUGUUAUACUAAGGCCAUGUUACUUGUCAGAAUUUUACCCUUAACCCCUUAAGUCCCAAGAUCCACAUACAAAUUCUCCAGACUGAUCUCUAAGAUCAAAUCGUUCUCCCUUUGGUAAUCAAUUUAUCAAUUCUCAUAACCUUUACUCUUCAUGAUCUGCUGAUGUUGUUAGGAGAAAAUUGAUGUUGGUCACUCUUUGGACCUAUAGGGUUAACAGGGCCUCAUAAACAGAUCUUCUAUGGGUGCCUGAGUCCCAUCACUCAAGCCCUGCCUUUGGCACUAUCCUUGUUAAUGAAAUGUGCAUGUGCAACCAUAAUGUUUUAAAUUAUGUUCUCAGACAAAGAAAGAAACAGAAAAAGCUGAGUGCUAAGAAGAAGAAAGAGGAAAGGAAAGAUGAUGGUGAGUUGUAAUUUCUACUUAUUUUAACAGAAGAUGAAAAGGGUUUCUAUUGCGGAUGAAAAAGGAGCUUACUUAAUAUCAAAGUGGUUGGGAUCAGCUGUAUGAGUAAAUUUUUAUGUUGAAAGUAACUGCUUACUUCUUAUAUUCAACCCAGUUAACCACUGCACCUAUAUGUCUGGCAUUAUGUUUUGUGCAAACCUACGGUGUUAACUUACAGUUUCUUUUGUUUUAACCUCAAGAUAUCGAUAAAAAACAAGAAAACAGUGAAAGCGAUGAUGAUGAUGAGGAGAAUGAGGACGAGGAAGAGCCACACUUCAUAGUUGGAGGACAGUAG